AGAGAGAGAGAGAGAGAGAGAGGGGUACCUGGUCCAUGGCAGAUGAGCGAUCGAGGAGGAGACAUAAAGAGAUAGGAGGUUUGGCUGCCUGGGUCUUCUUCCGACUGAGGAGCGAGAGGUGAGAAAGUGAGAGAGAAGGAGAGAGUGGGGUGACGUGCAGCAUGAUACUGACUGUUGAUGGGAGCUGUACGUGCCAGAUGUGUAUGAGUUUGGGCGGGAUUUGAGUUUUGGGUGGGAUGGGAUGUAAAUCUUUGAAUUUAAUUAGAUGGAUUUAGACGAGAGUAUAAAUUGCAUACAAACAGUUAAAUCAAAUCCUAAAUAUUCUUCUGUUUUUUCUAAAUUGGAAGGGUGAAUUUUAAUUAGAAAAUUUUGAAAAUGAAAAUAAAAUAAAAAAUAAGUAUAUUCUCCGGGCAUUUCCGUUCUCAUAAUUUUUAAAAUUUUUGCUUUGCCCGCACGCGAUCCCGGAGACGCUCCUCUCAUCGAUCGGCAACGUGCACUCAUCCUUACCCCCUGUUCUCUGUUUCUCUCUCUAGAAUCUCUUGUCACCUACUCAAUUAGAUCUGAAAAAGCACACACGCACGCACCCACAGCUCGAACCAACAAUGUCCGUACACAAUCAAGCUGCGGCGGCAGUCCUAUCGCAACCAGCUCUAGCCACCGACGGUGCAGUUCUCGGCAUAGCCCUUGCCUACGUAGCCGUUCGGAGCAUCCUCAAGUUCACCGCCAACUCCGCUGCCCUCCACAAAAUCCGAGACGCCCCUUCCGUUCUCGUGUCGGACCUUCGUUCCAUCAUCUCUUCGUCCGGUGAUGACGCCGACAGUUCGGACCCAUCUGACGGUGAAAAACUGGUGAUCGUUCGAGGCGUUGUCGAAGCGAAAUCGGCUCUUGAUGGCAUUUGGAAGAGAUUGAGGCCUAAUGUGCUCAUCUGUCACGAGUCUGGUGAGAAAGGCGUUGUCUUGCUGAGAACGCAAACGUUUAUAUACAACGAGUGGAGGGGCUUUUUUGGAUGGACUUCUGAUCUACGCUCUUUAUUUGGGAGAUCCUGGAAAGAGCAGGAGUCUUCCUCUUUAAGAACGGUUCCAUUUAUUCUUGUUGAAGGUGGUUGGUGGCCGCAAUCUGAUUAUGUGAUUGUGAACUUGGAUGGCUCAAUACAACCACUACCGCUUACAACAGUUUAUCACCACUUGCAGCCCAUUAAUGCUACUCCUUAUACUUUCCUCCGGGCACUUUUUGGUCUCGAAUAUCCUGUGGGUUCAAAAUUAUGAGUCAUGACUGGGUUUCUUUGUGUGUAAAAAAAAAUUAGAUUCUGAACAUUCUUCUUUCUUCCUACUUCUUUAGUUGUAUGUACAUGGGUUUUGUUAUAUGAUGAUUCUACCCAAGAUUAUUGAUGUAGUAUUUGUUUGUUAUCAAAGGUUGGACUGCUGGAUGAAGAGAAA